CAACGCACUCAUUCACCACCACCGUAAUCCCCACGCCCACCAAGCCGAACCCCGAACAUGGCUUCCGACGACUCCUUGCACCCCCUCGCCGAGUCCGGCGUGACAAUCCGGUCCGACAGCGAGCAGUACUCCCAGGGCGAGGACCUGACCGAAUCCCCUCCCUCCUCGAACUCGCCCCUCAUCCUCUACAAGCCGCCGACGUUCUGGGGCCUGGUCCGCGGCGCCGCCAUCAACCUGUUUUUGCCGUUCAUCAAUGGUAUGAUGCUCGGGUUUGGAGAGUUGUUUGCACAUGAGGCUGCGUACAGGUUAGGAUGGGGCAGCACCAAGGUCUUCCCGAUGUCCCGGAGACGAACACACGCCAUCGGCCCCGGCCUGGAGGUUCGAGACAAGCACCGAAAGCCUACAACUAGCCUGGACGACUUGACGAGUCUGGAAUGACUAGGCGGAUGGGAAUAAGCGUCUUUCUGCAUCAGCAUUGAUGAGCCGUCUCGACUUGUUGGGAAAAGUGAGCCGUCUCCUGCAUGUCGGGAAGAGACGAGCGUGAGGGCUGCUUCGGCGGGUGCAGGGGCCAUAUGGUGCUGUCAUGAGAGGCUGCUGCUUUAGGAUAGCCUUCUUUCGGAGCAAGGCAGAAAAGCAUGCAUCUACAUAGAGGAAGAUGCACGUCAUCUACAGAAGAUGGAAUGGAAACAUGGUGACCCUUUAGACAGGCGGCGUGGGUGGGCCGGGUCAUGGUGACGAACGAGCUCAAGGCUCGCGAUCUGUACAUAUGCAAAGUUGCAGACCAAAACCAAACAGAAUUGUGCU